AUGGCAAAAACACAGGCUGGUGCAUAUCACAGUCUUGACGUGAAUAUUCCUUCUGAGUUUGAAGGCAACCCAUAUAUGGCGUCACAAAUGACUUCUAAGUUCAUCGUCUCGUUUUACACCAACUCGAAAACAGCUUUAGUCCACUUCCCAGGCCAACAAAAUUUCGAAAAGAUCACUACCGAAGGCAAGGCGGGGUGUUCGCUUGUGUCGAAGUACUCCGACGCAUUUUACUUCUACGUGUAUCCGGAGGAACUCCACGUCUUAACCUACGACCAAAAAUUUUCACACGAAAGUAUCAACUUUAAGAGCGAGGGAAACACGAUAUCGGGGACAUCACUGAUACUUGAAAAUGAAAAGAACAUCUACUGUAUCAGUAACUCCAAAAUAGUGACUAUUGAAAAGAAGAGUAUCAACAAACCAAAGAACGUUUGCCCUCUAGAUAAUAGCUUUAGUUCAUUUGCCAAAGAGUCGUGUGUUCUUCCAAACAACCGAGUGUUGUUGGCGGAUAGCGUGGUCAACAUGGGUAACGUCCACUUCAAAGUGUGGGAUUUGGUGUCGAAGAAAGUCGUUGCCCAAAUGUACCGAGUCGUUGGGGAGAAUGAGCCGAGUUACUCUCAAGUGUUUCACAACACUGUCUUCAUGUCUAUGGGUACUUCCAUUUAUCAAUGUGACAUCAAAGAUGAACUCAACCCGGACGAACUUGUUACACUCGAAUUUUCAAAACACGAGUUCCAUGACAGAUCCAUUCAAUCAUUUUCAGUAGAACAAGAUUACGUGUUUGUGGGUGACUCCUAUGGAAUGGUUACCGUUCACUCAUACCCAGGAUUUCACUUCCAUAACACUAUAGAUUUGGGCAUUGAAAGAGACGAACAGGUCAAGUACUUUGAUGAGCGGCCUGUCUUCAGUUUCAGAAAUUCCGUUGUUGGGAUGAAACGAGUGUACAAAUAUUUGAUCUAUUGGCUACUUAACGGAACAGUCUGUAUUGGCAAUUUCUUUGCGACGGAAAAACGAGUGGACACGUUGUCCUUCCAAGACACAAAACAUCAGUUGAGAGACGUGAACUUGACAUUUGGUGAUAAGCUUGGUAUUGUAAUGCGAUUCAAUGUGUUGAAAAGACAAAACUCUGCUAUUGUUCCAAUCAACGAGUUUUAUCAGUGGGACGUGACGUUACCAAGUCCAGUUCCUCAAAAGCUUGCGUACGUCGGAUUCUUCGAAAUGCUCCCACAAAUCAUUUCUGGCAUAUACAACGCACUUGACGGAGGGAAUUCAAAGCAAAUUGAAAAGCUUCGGACGGCUGUUAAAGAGUGUUACUUCACUAUUGUGACUAUUAAUAAUAUCAAGGAACGUUCUGGAGCAAUCAUUCCAUACGAAUUCUUUGCAGACAUGGUCAAUGGCCUCGCAGAAGCACACUCAUUUUCUGCAAAUGAUUCGAAGAAGUCACCCGAAGAGAUAUGUCAACAACUCACAAAAGCAUUGACGGACUUACAAGUGAUGGUCGAUGACUCUGUCGCGAUUUCGAUGAAUAAAAUCGACAUGUUGAGAGACCCAAAGUUCUUUAACGCAUCUCAAACAUCAAGCUUUGCCGUGAAAACUAUUAACUUCAGAGAGUCUGUAAGAUCACACUUCAUGGAGAUGUUGUUGGACCCAAAGUAUGUUAUAGACGAUAACGACCAUAGAAUGAAAUUCUUCUACAUGAACAACACAUGCUUCUUGAGACAGAAACAAAACGAUUUCACAAAGCACAUCAACCAUUUCAAUGACUUUUGUGUCAGUAAUGAUGUUGGCGCACUUGUAGAUGCCCCAGAACUUGUGAAGGUCAAUGCACUGUUAACCCAAAUUCGAGACGAAAUUGAAGAGACGCGCGGCGAUAUAAAAGAUUUCGUAUCACAGACAUUCGCGUCAGAUAAAUGGUUGCACGAACUAGAUUACAUAUCUCAACAAGUCCCCACUAUUUAA